UUUGUCGUCCAAAUCCUAAUUCCCUUGAUGGCAUGAUGUGAGGAAAGCCGAACGGCGAACCUGAAAGAAACAGAAUGGGAACGAGAGAGAGGGAGGGGGAGACGGAGAUCUGGAGCUGUUAAUACCCGUCUCAGCCAUCUCUGAAAAAGGAGGCGCCAAAUCCUCCUCACACCUCUUUCUACUCCUAUUACCACCCAAAGCCGCGAGGCAUUUUCCAAAGCCAUCCGUAGCUGGGCUUCAAAGAAGUAUAUGACAGGGUUUGUCAUUCUUCUUCCUAUAGCCAUCACAUUCUAUGUUACUUGGGAUUUCGUUUGCUUUGUGGAUGGUCUCCGGUUUGUCACCUCCAUCACUUUUAUCUUUUUAAUAGGCGUUUUCAUGUCAUCAUGGUGGGGGGCUUCAGUUCUUAUUCUUGGAGAAUGGUUCCUUAAGAAAAUGUCAAUUAUGAGCUACAUUUAUUCUGCCUCUAAGCAAAUAAGUGGAGCAAUAUCACCAGAUCAGGACUCUAAUGCUUUUAAAGAAGUGGCCAUUUUAAGGCACCCCUGUGUUGGGGAAUAUGCAUUUGGAUUUAUUACUUCUACUGUUGUUCUUCAGAAGAGUUUUGGUGAAGAAGAACUUUCUUGUGUUUAUGUGCCCACUAACCAUCUUUAUCUUGGUGAUAUCUUUCUCAUUAGUUCAAAGGAUAUUUUGAGGCCCAAUUUAUAAUUUAGAGCGGGGAUUGAAAUUGCCAUCUCUGGGGGCAUGUCUGUACCUCAAAUAUUAAGCACAGUUGAUGCCGCAGCCAUGGCAACAGGAGCUCAUAAUUUUGCACCAUUGAAAGUAAGAUGAUCUGAUAAACAACUGAUGGUAAGAGCUCAUCUGCCUUUUCAAAUAGCAACUCGCAUCUGUUUCUUUAAGCUGGUUUACCAAGCCAAGCAUAUCUUCAAUGAUUCAAUAGAAUCCUUAAAUAUAGGAAUGACUAGAGUCAGACAUUCCAUCAGAAGGGAUUGCAGAGCAUUUUCUACUGAUGUAUUAAGGGAAAUUAUCUGUUUCUAAUGAUAGUGCCCGUCAAGGGAAGAAAACUAGAAAUAUGCA